UGUACUCCGCUGACCAAAUGUUUCAAAGUAAGAGCUUCCCUCUGUUACGCAUUAAUAUGUUGACGAAGUAAGGUUUGUAUUGUGUAGGCUAUAUUAACCGAGACUUGCUUCUAAUAUCAAGUCAUGGAAGGUUGCCCAAAGGUGCUGAUGAUAAGCUUUGACACAAAAGAGCCGGCUGCAGCAGAUUUCACUGCUCCAAUUACCAGCUAUAUUCAGGAUUUCUAUCAUGAAAAUCCUGAUUCAUACAAAAACGAAAUACAGCAAAUCAACCAACUCAAAAAGAAUAUAUCAAAUGUGACAAGGGAUAAUCAAGGCUGCAGUGCAUAUAGAAAAUACUAUGCACAACUUCAGUUUUUGCAAUCAAGGUUCCCUAUGGGAUCAGGUGGAGCAGCUUCUCUUCCCCUUGUAUGGUAUGAUGUUUACACUGGGGAUCCUGUGACGCAGAAAGACAUAAGAUUUGAGCAAGCUUGUGUUUUAUUUAAUCUUGGUGGGCUAUAUUCACAGCUUGGAGCAAACGAGAGUAGAACAUCUGACGAGAGUAUGAAAGUUGCUUGCACAUACUUUCAGUGUGCAGCGGGUGCAUUUCAGUAUCUUAAGGAAAAUUUUUCACUUGAGUCAUUUCCAGACAUGGCAGGCGAUGUACCAACAUUGAAAUCGACCAUAAUGCUGUGUCAGGCUCAGGAAUGUUUGCUGGAAAAGUCAAUAAGAGACAAUCGAAAAUGCACUUUGAUAGCUAGAAUCAGUAUUCAAAUAAAAGAUUAUUACCAAGAUGCAGUCAAGCUACUUGAAGGAAAUGGAACCUCUGAAAUGGGAUCCCAACUGCGAAAGUCUUGGACGAAACAUUUGCAAAUGAAGAUAAACAUGUAUACAGCUAUUGCAUACAUAUACAUGUCAAACGAGGCUGAUGAAGGCAAGAAAUUUGGUGAGAAGCUGGCCUACUUAAAAGCUGCUUCAGAAAAGAUCAACGAAGCAGUAAAAACGACAAAGAAUCAACCAGAUCAGGUCAUGGAAACUCUCAGGUUUUUACAAGAUGUCGUUGGAAAUAAGCUUGAUGCGGCCGUCAAGGAAAACGAUUUCGUUUACCAUGCCUUGGUGCCAGAUAUGGACAAGCUUCCAGAGAUCAAAGGAGUGUCGCUGGUGAAAGCAAUGCCGUUUCAGUACAACGACCCAAGCAUUUCCGGGCCUGAUAUAUUUCAAAAGCUAAUUCCAAUGAAGGCUCAUGAAUCUUCUUCGCUUUAUAGUGAAGAAAAAGCAGGCCUUUUGAGAAAGAUAACAUCUGAAAUUGAAGAGAAAAAUCUAUAUUUGAGUGAAUCGUUAUCAUCAAUGCAUAUCGAUGAUCUGAUGAAUCCAGUUGAAGAAGUUAUCCCUGAAAAUUUGAGCCAGAAAUGCAAGGAACUUCGAAAUGUUAGUGAUAUUGUUUCUACAACGGAAGAUCAAAUCAAAGAACUAGCAAUGCUGUCAGAAGAAUUUGAGGUGAUUUUCAAUGAAAUUGCUUCUGUUUUGAAAAAUGAAGAAGAGUUCGAAAGGGAAGCGAAGUUAGGAGACAGUGAUCGAGGAACAUCAAAAGAACUAGAGGACUUGAAAAAGGAAUUCACUCAGUGCAUUGAAGUGAACGAGCAAGCCAGAAACACCAAUAUGACCUUAUGCAAUCAUUUUGAAGAAAGCAAAGAGAUCAUUGAACUUCUCUGUGGCCCAGAUGACAGAAUUCUUGCAUCACUGCCAUCACAAAACUUCAUUGACGCCCCAAUUGAUGAACCUGUGGUUCAGAGGAUCAGAGAACUUCUCGGUGCUGUUGAAAAAAUGAAGAAUCAAAGGGCCACUGUCGAGAAGCAGUUUCGAGAUCAGCUGAAUAAAGAUGACAUCACAAGCCUACUCGUUAUAAAGGAGGAUGGAAACCAGGAAAACUUUUUCAAGGAUCAGCUAAAGAAACACGACGAAAUGGUUGCUAUUAUCAGGCAGAACCUAAGUGCACAAGAUAAUAUUCUAUUGCAACUGACAGAAGAGAACGCAAAAUAUGCUCCUACUCGAAUCGCUGCAGUGGAAAUCGCUGCUAGACGCAAUGUCCAGGUUCAAAGUUACAUUAAUCAUACGACACUGUUCUUGGAAGUUAGAGAGAGGCUGGUACGUGGUUUGAAGUUUUAUCGUGAUCUGAAAGAAACAUUAAAGAUACUUGAGAAAAAAGUAGCAGAAUUUUGCCGCAAGCGAGAAAAAGAUAAAGUUAAGUUCAAAGAGAUAAAGAAGAAAGAUGCUCCACCUCCACGUCCGACUGCUGCUAAGCCAACAUUUGACCGCUCGGCCAAGCCCACUGGCAGUCAACAUGCUCCGUCAUUAAGUCAUGAUAAUAUGUUUACUCCAAUCUCACCGAACUUCCUACCAUCGCAGCUUCCUGCAAAUUUACAAAGACCACAGGGUUCAAUUAUGCCUCCAGUUGGUCCUUAUCAAAACAUGCCCCCAGGGGCUGCAAGACCACAGUUUGUUCAAAAUCCCCGAAUGGUAACUCCUAGCACAGUGCCUAAUUCCGGGGGUAAUAUUCCACCAAUGCCUGUCAGUCAAUCUCAUGUAGAAAUGAUGAUGCGCCCACGAGUUCCUGGAACAGUCUCUGGCACAAACAUCCCACAAAGGUUUGAUGUUCGAGCGCCUUUGGAUACCACCCAAUCUAUGUUUCCUGCAGGCCCUCAGAACGACAAUUUUCGUCAGCGAUUUCCACAUGACAAUCGAUUACCACAAAAUCAACCCCGUUUCUCAGCAUCUGGGCCAUUACCAAAUUUACCACAAAGUCCUCAGUUUCAACAAGUUUCGACAAAUUUUUCUCGUCCUCAGUUUGUUCAGCCACCGCAAAACCAGACGAUUCCACUUCCAGGCCAGCCUUUGCAGCCACAGAUGCCUCCGCAAAUGCCCAUGCAACCUCCAUCUUCCCAAGUUAGACAAUCUUUACCCAAUCACAUGAAUCAAAUGAGGAGAGGUUCUGCAGAUCAGGCUCCGUUUCCUGUUGAUCAACAUGGACAGCAGCUACGCCCAGUUCUCCAGCCUCAAGGAAUUCGUAGCCCGGAUCACAAAGUAAUGCAACCCAGGUUUUCAGCUCCAGAUCAAAGAAAUCUUCCACCUUUAGAACGGCCAGCAUACGGUGGCCAACCGCCGAUGCAGCGUCCACCGAAUCCAAACAUGAUGAUGCCUAGGCAAGAGUUUAGACCACGUGCACAGCAAAUUCAAAAUUUAGAUCAGGCGCAUGGUCUAUACAAUGUGCAGCAACCCCAGAGACAGCAAUUACCAGGUGUGGCUCAACAACCCCCGAAUAUGCAGUACAGACCACAAACCCCACAGCAGGUAGUGCCGCAGGACACAAGGUUUGCUUUUGAAAUGCAGAGCCAGUUGCAAGGCCCGCAAAGAGGUAGCAGCCAAGUUGUUGGACCUCGUUUUGGAGGACUGCCUGACAAGAACUUCGUUUCAAACGCCCAGACAGUUCAAGGGCACAGGGUUGCUUUUGCGGGUCCGAUGGGCAAUGUACCACAGUUUAUGCAAGGCCAGGUAUCUCCUGGUGACCAGUUUCGUUUUCCAGCCAUGCAGCAGCAACAACAACAGCCAAGAACAGACCUGAGGCUACCAGAGCCAUUGCUGCCUGAGAAAGUGGUCACUCCUCAAAAUUUGAUGGACAGGGAAGAUAACACAGAGAUCAACAAGGCAGUAGACCUACUACCAACUCCAGCUUCUUUGCAGCAAAAUUUCCAACAACCAAACCCAUUAGAUCCAAAUCCUACUGUUGAAAUGAAAAUACCAAAGUCAGUUGGUUCUUUAAACAAUCCAAUUGCUAGCGGUCAAAUGAACCCUCAGUCUCCGUUUACUGUACCAGAAAAUAAGGAAAGUCGACCUCCGUCUAGACCCGUUUAUAAUGAAGUACCAAGUCUUGAAGCCCAACCAGAAGUGUUUAGAAAUAUGUAUGCAGAUCAGACUGAGCAGCCAAGAUCGUUAUCUGGUGGUCGUGAAUUGCCAGGAAACUUAGUGCAGAGGCAGAUAUCUGAUAAUACAGGCCAAAGUAAUUUUCAGCUGAGAAACCAAUAUGCAUAUCAAGGACCCAUGUCCAGCCCGACACCUGAGUGCUCUCAGCCCAGUUCAUUUCAAUCCGAGCCAAGUCCAUUAACAUUUCAGCAACGGCCUGCAGUGACCCAGAUUGUGAGUGAUAAUGCUCAAGGUGGGAACAGGUCUUUGCCAACGGCUCCUCCGUUGGUGGUCAGCUCUCAAAAUACCGGAGUGUAUAAUCCACCGCCACCUUUUUCUUCAAGCCGACCUUUCGAUCUAAUAACAAUGAACAACAGGCCCGUGAUGGCAACUGCACAGACCUCCGAUUCGGUUAUUUCGGGAAUCUUAGGUAGCCAAACGCAGGGAGAUCGAAACCAGCCGGAUAUUAUGCAAAUGGGGUUUCAGCAGUUCCAAAUGCAGCAAAUGAUUCUGCAGCAGCAGCAGCUCAUUAGCAUGAUUCAAAAUCAGCAAAGCCAGCAAAAGGCAGCAGAGACAAUGCAAAUAGAGAAAUUGCAGCAACAAAUCCUAGACCAGCAAAAAGUUAUCGAGCAGUUGGCCAACGAGCAGCACAAACUGCUAGAUCAACAGCAACAUUCGUCUCACUUGUCACAUGACAACUCCCAAGAAUACAUGCAGAUGCAGAUGAGGCAGCAGCAGUUUCAGAUGCUUGAACAACAAGAGCAGCUGUUACAGCAAAGGUCCUUGUUGAUGCAGCUACAGAGUUCACGUCCUAUGGGUGUCCCUUUCAAAGAUAGGGACUCAUCGAAACAGAAUCUUGGUCUCUCAACAUCGCAAACAAAUGUUGUUAGUCCUGCAGUUGAUUUGUCUUCAAGUGACAAAUCACAACCAGUUAAGUCUGUCUCUAAGCUAGAUAAUUCACUAAGUCCCCUUUCAACUUCUCAUGAUGCUAGAGAUUACCAAACUUCACAGGAAAUACCUAGUAAUAUUGACGAAUCAAAGGUUAGAGAUUCAAAAAUAGUACCGAGUACAAAAGCUUCAAACGAUGUCAAAGGUGCUGCCAAGACGGAUAUGGAGUCCUUAGCGUCUUCAGUGUUGUCAGCCUUUGAUGUAUCAUUAUCGUCGGAAACAUCCUCGGAACUGACUUCCAAGAUUAGUAUGUCCACAUCAGCUGCUUUUAUCGAAGAAAAUAAAAGCCCUUCCACAGAGAAACCACAAAGUACCAAUGAACUGCUCAACUUUGACAUCAGUCAGUUCGAGGAGGAAAUGCACGCUGUUCUCUCAGGUAGUCAAGACAACUCGUUGAAAACACCAGUUAGUAAGACUAUAAACACGGAAAGCAACAUGGGGCAGUUUGCAAAGGAAAUUUCUUCUUUUAGCAUAUCAGAAAGCGAUUUCCGUAAAGAUUCGGUGUCUCCUAGACCAAGUGGAGAGAAAAGUAUCGAUUCUGAUGACGCUAAAAAGCACAGUGACACACCAGUUAGGCCAGAAAAUAGUCCACCGUUUUAUGAGCCGAUGCUUGAUGCUGAACAGAAAUUAAAACACGUAAGUGGACAAUUGGUAACAGAAAGGGCAGGAGACAUGGGAGUUAUUGAAAAGCCUACAACAGAAACUCAGAAUGUGCCGAAAGGUAAAACGGAUGCAGUUCCUAAUGACGCAGAAGUAAAGGACUCUUUACUAACAUCAGAUUCCCUGGGUGAUAGUCACACAAAUGAAGGAAAUUCGGUUGGUAGUGUUAAAAGUGAUUUUACUGAGUCAGGAAAAAGUAGUGUUAGCAAAGAUACUGAAAAAGAACAUGAUAUUUCAGCUACUGAGUUGGAGCAGAAAUCUGAGACGUUAAAAUUAGAUGAAGAUGCAUCUGUAGGCUUAAUGCAGAACGAUUCAUCCGUAGAAAAAGCAAGUGAUGCACUGCCAAGAGACUCAGAUGCAAAAAAGAAAAGUAAUGAUAUUCCUAAUAAUAUAUCGAUACCCAGCAUGGGAACCACAGAGAUUACUGUUGAUGAAGCUGCCAGCCCUUCACCAUCAAGACCGCAGUUUAAUAGACAGGAAGGAAGGCUCUCUUUCUAUCAAGCAGUUGAAACUGCGGAGGAACGACGGGCCUAUCUGGAGGACUUGGAUGAGGCUGUGGAGCAAAUGCAUCAGCAGUGCAUGGACCUUUGCAAAAGAAUUACAGGGACUCCUAUGGACGGAUUUACUAAACUGUGGAAUGACUUGGCACAAGUUGAGGAGCUUGAUUCUUGCAGCUUCAGCGCAGAGGCGGGAAAAAGCAACGUGAACAAAAACCGAUACAGAGAUAUUCUUCCGUGGGACCAUACCAGAGUCCUUCUUAAAAGUCUUCCAAAUGAUUAUAUCAAUGCGAAUCAUAUUGAUAACCUUACGCAAUGUUCUCCGAGAUACAUUGCCUCUCAAGGACCAAUUCCCCAGUGUUUUGAGGACUUUUGGACCAUGGUGUGGGAGCAACGGUGCCCUGUGAUUGUCAUGCUCACUAAUGAAAUGGAAGGUACAAAGCUCAAGUGUCAUCGCUACUGGCCUAAAAAGUUGGAGCAAACAACGGAAUACGGGGCGUUGUGUAUUUAUCUUAGUGAACAGGAAGCUGGUCCGUCAUGGAGAAGGAGAACGUUCAUAGUUUCUAAUCGUGAGACAAAUGAAGCAAGGAAGGUCGAGCAAUUACAAUUCACCUCGUGGCCUGACUAUGGGAUACCCGAUACACCAUACGAUCUUCUAGCUUUCAAUGAAGAGGUUCGAAAAUGUCAUCAUUCUGCGGAUCCAGCAGGAGCUACGCCAUUGCUAUUACAUUGCAGUGCCGGAGUUGGUCGCACGGGAACAUUUGCUUGCAUUUAUUCUGCAAUCGAGGAAAUAAUCGGUGGAAAUGGCUUGAUUGAGAUACCUGGGCUAAUUCGGAAGCUUCGCCAGUGCCGAUUUCACAUGGUUCAGAAAAAGGAGCAACUCGUGUUCUGUUACCAGGCUAUACUAUGUUACGCUCAGCAGUUCCUUGCUGAAGAGCAAAUGAAGGAGGAAAAAAGUGACAACUCUGGUGAGGAGGUAAAACUAAAUGAAGAUGAAGGAUCGCCUUACGCGUUUCUAGAAGGUGGGAGUUCUCCAAUGGACCGCGUCGACCAGCUAUUAGAGCUACCCCUGGAUCCAGUAGUAACAAGUAAUGACAAAACAAGUCAGGAAGUAAACACAGAAUCGAGUGAAAGUAAUGAAGCAGAGGGCCUGUUUGCUAAUAGAAACUUAGAGGUGUCGGAGCCUAUAGAUAAUUCAAGUAGCAGCCAGAUGGAAGAUAGGUUAACAAUCGACGUGACUGCCGCAAGAAAUGGUUCAGAAAACGGUGCCUCUCGUGUAGAUCAUUCGACUGAGGACAUUGAUGCCAGUCGUGAAAGAGCGGACAGUAUCCCAAAAUUUAAAGUCAAAUCGGAUAUUUUCGCACAUAAAAGCCCACCUCUGAGUCCGGAUCCGGGAGCGGUCUCAUCGGACGAUAAAGUAUAGGAAAUUCUUUCGAAAUUAAAUUAUAACAAAGAGCUUGAAUGUACUUAAAUAUUGUAUAAUCUCGAUUCCCCAAUGCAGCGUUAAGCUUCUAAAGAAGAGAAAUUCUUUUGUAUUAAAUGCCUGUAAAUGUAGCUUUCAAAAUGAAGUUCAGAUUGCUUUAAUUUUGAAAAUGGUAGUCUUACACUCCCAGUUUCAAAGUGGUUUUUAGGCCCAAAAUAUCAAAUCUGAAAAUGCUUCCAAAAUCGAAAAAACAGCUCAGAGAAAAUAAAGGCUUCGUUUAAAAAUCAAGAAGACAUCAAAGCAGCCUUUAAUGGAGGCAGAAAUUUAAUUUUCAAUAAUUUAUCUAUGCAAGGCGUCUCAGUUUUCGGCGAUACCUAAAUUAGGGUUUGCUUUUUGUAAGCGAGAAAAUAUGUUAUUAGAAUAAAUAUUUAAAUUUUAAAACUUGUGAUAUUUCUUUCUAGCACCAAAUUGAAGCACAAAAUUAUCAGUGGAGCUGGGGUACCAGAAAUUGGGAGGGAAAGUGAUUUUUAGAGGAAACAAGAGAACAAAUGCACUGCAUGGUCUGCUUCAGAGCCUCUCUUCCCUACACUUUCUUUUUAAAAAAUUCCGUCCCUUCUUUCCUCUCCUGCCAAUUAGGUUCUGGUACAAGGGACAAUGGGGUGGAUGAAAAACUGCUUGUUUCGCUUGACUGAGGUUCCAUGUAGUCAGGGCCUGCGGUAACUAGAUGCCACGUAGGAUAACAACAUCGCUGGAAAAUUAGCUAGCAACUUGAAUCAAAGAUAAACAACAGCGAGAGAAUCUUCCCCUACAUAUUGCAAUGUUUUCACCUUUACAUAAAACAUGAUUUUUAUAAUUUUUUUUAGAAAUAUCGUGCUAUGUGAACCAUAUGCAUCAUUUUCAUUGCAAUUUAAGCUUUUUCAAUUAUUUAUUUAGGUGUAUCAGUUUUAAAAACGUGAAUUUAGUAUUGAUUAGAAAAGCUGUACAAUUUUCAGUUUGAUAUGAACGAGUAACAUUUCAAGUACCAUGAAGUUAGCAAGAA